CACAAACGACGUCCCACUCGCCUUGAUCUCCAAACUCUCUGUCACCCAAGAAUCGGAUCCUUUUUUGGGAAUACAGAGGGAGUUGGGGACGACGAACCAGGCUUCGUCUCUUUCACCCUUAUUUUCUUCGUUGUUCACUCCCAUCUCUCCAAGAGAAGGAUCCCCAAGAGAAAGCACAAGCUACCUAGCUAGCUAUAGCAAUUUGUUGCUUUGCUUUGCUUAAUUUAUAUAUACGUAUCGCCAUUUUUACUAGAAUAAGAUUGAAAAGGGUCUUUUCUUCUUCCUCUGCCACCACCCACCUUUGAAGAGAAGCACCACUCAGAGAUUUUCCUUUCCCUCCUUUUUCCUGUUUUUAUGGGCCUCUCGCCGCCCUCUGGUUCGGCUCUCUGACCAUAUUGGUGGCACAUUUAAGUUCCUGCCAGAGCUUCAUUUCUUGCAGAAGUGCUUUUGAAAUUAGUAAGCACUUUUCCAACGCUGCAUUUAAGAACACUCUCACUGCUUAUUCUUGGAACCGGAAUUCUCAAACCCAGCAACAAGGUCUUUCUUCUUCCUUAGCAAUCUGAAACCAAGUGCCAAAGUCAAGCUUAACUAGAAAGUGACAUUUCAAGAGAGAUCUAGCAGGAUUUCGACGUUACCACAAUGUUGCCACAGAAGCAAGCAGAGGAGGCAAUAGUCUCCAACUUUAGCGAAGAUCAUGAAGGAAAGGAAUUAGGAGGAGCAGAGGAGAAUAAAGAAGAAGAAAACGCAUCAUUGUUUAGCGUCAAGAACUUUCUCUGGCAUGGUGGCUCCGUUUGGGACGCCUGGUUCAGCUGUGCUUCCAAUCAAGUGGCGCAAGUACUAUUGACACUUCCAUACUCAUUUUCUCAGCUGGGGCUAUUAUCAGGCAUCUUGCUUCAGCUGUUUUAUGGAUUCGUCGGAAGCUGGACGGCUUAUCUGAUCAGUGUGCUCUAUGUUGAGUACCGGAGCAGGAAGGAGAAGGAGAAUGUUAAUUUCAAGAACCAUGUUAUCCAGUGGUUUGAAGUGCUUGAUGGGUUACUUGGUCCUUACUGGAAAGCAGUGGGGCUUGGCUUCAACUGUACCUUCCUUCUAUUUGGAUCUGUCAUUCAGCUCAUUGCUUGUGCAAGCAACAUAUACUACAUCAAUGACAAUUUGGACAAGAGGACUUGGACAUAUAUCUUUGGAGCUUGCUGUGCCACCACAGUGUUCAUACCUUCUUUUCAUAACUAUCGGAUUUGGUCUUUCCUUGGACUUGGAAUGACCACUUACACAGCCUGGUACUUAACCAUAGCAGCUGCUGUUCAUGGACAGGUUGAAGGUGUGACACACUCGGCUCCCCAAAAGAUGGUGCUGUAUUUCACCGGCGCCACCAACAUACUAUACACCUUUGGUGGCCAUGCUGUUACAGUGGAGAUCAUGCAUGCCAUGUGGAAGCCACAAAAAUUCAAGUACAUUUACUUGUAUGCCACAUUAUACGUUUUCACAUUGACAAUUCCUUCGGCUUCCAUGGUUUACUGGGCCUUUGGUGAUGAGCUUCUUAACCACUCCAAUGCAUUCUCUCUCCUCCCCAAGAAUGCGUGGCGUGACGCUGCUGUCAUCCUUAUGCUCAUUCACCAGUUUAUUACUUUUGGGUUUGCUUGCACACCGCUGUACUUUGUGUGGGAGAAGGUGAUUGGUAUGCAUGACACAAAGAGCAUUUGCUUGAGGGCACUGGCUAGGCUUCCAGUUGUGAUCCCAAUUUGGUUCUUGGCUAUAAUCUUUCCGUUCUUCGGACCCAUCAACUCUGCAGUUGGGGCUCUCUUGGUUAGCUUCACAGUCUACAUCAUCCCAUCUCUGGCUCAUAUACUCACAUACAGAAAAGCCUCUGCCAGACAGAAUGCUGCAGAGAAGCCACCAUUCUUUCUAAGAAGCUGGACAGCCAUGUUUGUGAUCAACUCCUUCAUAGUUGUGUGGGUUCUGGUACUCGGGUUCGGGUUCGGUGGAUGGGCCAGUAUGACCAACUUUGUGAGGCAAGUGGACACAUUUGGGCUGUUCGCAAAGUGCUAUCAAUGCAAGCCACCAAAGCCAGUAGUAGCACCAGCCCCACAUCAGUGAGAGCUCCAUCAACCCAAAAAAGCUUAUUCUCGGCUAUCAAAUCCUCUCUAGCAGAUCUGGUUCAUCUUCAUAUUUUGUACCAUACAUGGGGAAAUAGUAAUAUUGCCCCCCCCCCCCCCUCGCCCUCUACAUGUGAUGUGUGUUGGAUUUUUCUUCUUUUAUUUUCAUUUUUUUUCUAAAUUAGUUUAUGAAUAGUGUGUUGAGUUGUGAUGCUGAUUCCUUCUCCUAUCAAAGCAUAGGUUAAUUAAUUAAAAUGAAAUAUAUAAGUUUUUAGGUAUCAAUCCAGCUUUUGUGGUGGGAUAUUAUUAUAGGAAGAUCUUGUGUUGGGCUUGGUAUGGCACCCCUCAGUGCCAUUAUUACAAGGCAUGUUUCCAAAGUGGCUUAUAAAAUGGCAAGGUAUGGGUGUUGUAACG